GUCAAACAGAGACAGCGAGCGCAACUGUCUUGCAUACGAUGCCACAGACUCAAAGUCAGGUGUGAUAGAGACUUGCCCUGCUCACGAUGUCGAGUGUCCGGCUGGGGUAAAUUCUGCGAGUACCGCUAUAGAACGGAAAAGGCCAAUCCACCCUUGGAUACAGGCGCACCGAAGAAGAUGGGGCAAGACCCCGAUGGCCGUGUCAAGUCUUGGCUUGCACAGCGUCGUGGUGCCACUCAUUGGGACGAUCUUAUAUCUGCACUCAAGGUGCGGGCUGGGCUUGAUGAUCUUGCAGUCCGCCAUAUGGUCACGGAAUUGAUACACCAACAGAGCUCCGAGGUUUCUGACGAUUUUGUGUUACCUGAAAACUUCCCGUUCAACAGUCCAGCAGCCUCCAAAUUUGUAUCCAUGGAUACUGUCCAUGAUUUGCUCCAACAGCAUCGAGAGAAAUACCAAUCUUAUAUGGAUGGCUACCUCGCCCUCUACCAAGCAAGCUUUCCCAUUAUUAAUAAUGCUGUAUUCUCAUCAUUGGCUGAGAAGUACUGGAAUGACCCUAGAUCGAUGGAUGAGGCCUGGCUCGCCAGCUUUCUGAUGGUAUUAGCGCUGGGGUGUUUUGCAGCGACGAGGGAUCAACGCUCAGCCAUGGAGCUCUGCAUGGCCGCUGAAGCUUGUCUUGGCAAGACCUCAUUCAUGGUCCAACCGGAUAUCCUAGCUGUAAGAACUCUCUGUCUUAUGGUCCUUGCCAAGCAAAGCCUUAAUGCGACAUGCCGCACUUUUGAUUCGUGCUGGACGUUGCUCGGCAUUGUCACCCGUGCAGCUACUGCAAUAGACUUGCACAAGCAGCCUUUGCCACAUCAUGGAUUGCAGGCAGAUGUUGGUGACUGGCAGUCUGAGCAAGCAUUAUGGUCUACGGUCGUCUAUUUCUGCAUACAAGUCGCCAUGGUUACAGGCAAGCCAUUGCUUGUAUCAGCGGAUAUGUUCGCCAAACGCAUACCAGUAUCCACGCAGACAAAUGACCCAUGGGUAAUGCUUAUUGAUGUGUACCCGACAAUAUGCCAGAUUAUUUCGAGAAUCUCCAGCAGCACGGACAAACCGUUGUAUGAUGAAGUUGUAAAGCACAACGACCAUGUACGGCAGCUCAUGGAUGCCUUGUUAAGCAAGAUUCAUGGUAAGCCGAGGCUUUAUAUCACGCUGGAUAUAUUUUUCCGUCGCAUUCUCCUUGUCCUCCACCGCUCUUACGCUCUCCAUUCUGUGGCUUCGUCAAUCUACCCAGUGUCCUAUUGGGCAUCUCUAGAAUGUAGUUUAGCGAUCCUUGUGCAUUACCGAGAUCUUGAAGACCAAAGAGGGCCAGACAACACGGACUUGAUUAGCCGCCUCUUCAAAAGCGACAUUUUCGCAGCCAUGCUGACGGUGUGCUCGCAUCUUUCUCAUCAAGAGGCACCUCUCUCUGUGGGAUCUGCAAUCCCACCACGUCGGAUUAUUCUGAACACGUUGCAGGCAUGCAUAGCGAUUUGGGGGAGAGAGGUGCAUCAGUCGACUUGUUUCAAAAUAGGCCUCAUGCUAUUGGACUUGGUUUUGAAGUUCUUGCCGGAU